CCCUCUUCUCUUCUCUUCUCCGUGAAAAAAUAAAAUAAAAAAGAAAAGAUAUUGGCUUUCCUCUGUUUGCGGAAAUCGACGUUAACCUGAUAGAGAGAUAGAUGUCGGCAAACUAAACUGCUUUUUCCGUCCACGUCCGUGUAACCACGGCCCACCACCUCUUCUCCGCUCGAUCCAAAUUCAUUCGAUUCAUUCUUCUUUGUUCUCAUUUUCUAUCUAUUUAUAUUUUCAAUCACAUCGCAACAGAAAAACGCUCUGUCCUGCGAUCUCCUCUCACUGCCCUGUUCUGUUUUAUUUUGUAAACAGGGCCUUUUAGAUUUAGGUGUUUUUAUUUUUUAUUUUUUAUAUUUAUCAAAACAAAUUCCCUAUUUUUUAUAUAUACUGAGAAGGAGGAGGAGGAGAUUAAAAUAUAUAUCCCAACCCAUACCAUUACCACUACUGCGUUUGUUUGUGUUUGAUUGAUUGAUCGUAGGAGAGAAGUUGGUUGGAUAGUAGUAUUAGUGGGUGUGGCUGUGUAGUGUGCAAUCAUAUCAUUUCUUUAUUAUUAUUAUUAUUAUAAAUAAAUAUGGGUUAUGUCCUCCGUGGUGGUGACUUGAAAAAUGAUCAUCGUGCUUCUUCUAUGCCUUCUUCCCAUUCCAAACUCCUUACUUUACCCACCAUUCUUACUCUUGCCCGUGUCGCUUCUAUUCCUUUUCUCGUUGCCACCUUUUACAUGGAUGGUUGGCAAGGAACUGCUGUUACCACUUGUAUUUUCACUGCUGCAGCAAUUACAGAUUGGCUUGAUGGCUAUAUUGCUCGCAAGAUGAAACUAAAAUCUUCAUUUGGUGCCUUUUUGGAUCCAGUAGCGGACAAGCUUAUGGUUGCUGCCACGUUGAUCUUAUUAUGUACUAGACCUUUGAAAGUUGCUGCAUUGGCACAAGCGCCAUGGCUCUUAAUUAUACCGUCAAUCACCAUUAUUGGUAGAGAGAUUACCAUGUCAGCACUCAGGGAAUGGGCAGCUUCCCAGGGUAGUAAAGUUUUAGAGGCUGUUGCGGUUAAUAAUUUGGGGAAAUGGAAAACAGCCACACAGAUGACGGCAUUAACCAUCCUCCUUGCUACCCGUGACUGCAGUCAUGGAGGACCUGCCAUUUUGGCAGGCUCUGGCGUUUUCUUGCUUUAUAUUGCCGCAGGGCUUGCCAUAUGGUCCUUUGUAGUAUAUAUGAGGAAAAUGUGGAAGGUGUUACUGAGGUAACAUGUUCGACGGCUCUCUGCCUUCACAUAUAUUAUCUUCUUUGUUGGGUUUGGUUCUCACAAAUCAUGACCAUUAUUUCUGGCAAAAAUAGUUUAGUCAACGAUACCAUGGAAGGGAGAUGCUGUUCUCAAUUUUCAUGACAUAUAUCUGUAAUAUUUACUGCCUGCAUUGUCUAACUCUGCAAAGCGCUGUUCAUCCCAUUUAUUAAAAUUGUAUGCACAAUUUUUUCCGUAGUUACUCAAGGUAAAGGAGAGAAAAGUGCAACAAAAAAAGAAAAAAGAAAAGAGAGAUGGCAGGCAGAUUAAAUUGGAAGAAACUACACGAUUGAAGGAUGUACAAGUGAUUUAGUGAUUGCCCAAUUUUGGAUCCUUUGAAAGUUUGCCACAGCUGAAACAUUUCUCUAGAGAAAUAUUUUAUGGUUGUUAUUUUUGUGCUGGUCAUAAACUUAACAGUUGCUUACUUGAUACUCCAGUUAUUUUUCAAUGUUUGCAAAUGUUCGAUGUUCUUGAAAUUUAUGCACUUGACUUCGUCAUAAUUUGAUUUAAAUUCAAAUAAGCUUGAGCUACAAAAUCUGCUGAUUUAUGCAAGUGAUGAAGUAGUAAUCCUAUGACUGAA